AUGGAGGAAGGAAAGCCAACACAAAAUGGCGGGGGCAUGUCGCGUGCAGCAAAGAAGCGAGCCAAGAAAAAUAAGAAGAAAACCAAUUUGAUCGUGGCAGCAGCAGAACAUUUGCAGCCUGAAAAGAAGAAAGUUAAAUUGGACGACGCGAAGCCUAAUGAAAAGAAAAUCAAGGUUGCAGAGGAUACGAAAGAGUCGAUGGAUGAUUCAGAAGUGGUGGAGUCUAGAAACAAAAUCGAUGCUGGGGAACAAACUCAAGAUUCGAUUCCAUCCACCGACUUUCCGGGAAUUGAAAAACUGUCACUUGAGGAGAUUCUUCUUCGCAAGGACGUGAAGGACGAAGAAACCCAGGAAUUGCUUGAAUCCAUGGCGUCGGAACAGCGCGCAUCAGCCCUUUUCCAAGCAAUUAUCCACCCUAUUCCACUCUCAACCUUCUACAAGGAAUAUUGGGAGAAGAAACCGCUUUUGGUUCGUGCGAAGAAUAGAAGGCGGUAUCAAGGUCUCCUCUCACUGGAAAGUAUCAAGGAGAUGACCAAGAAUGAGGAACUCUACUACACUCGUGAUCUGAAUUUGACAAAAUAUACAAAAGACGAUGCUGGAGUAAAGAGAAGGCUGACUUUGGACAAGAUUCCGCAGACGGCGGAAGAGGCGGAAACUGGAGUUCCCAUAGAUUCAAAAGAGUUGUGGAAGAAUUAUCACAAGGGAUGCACGAUUCGUCUACUUUGUCCACACAAACAUGCAGAAAAUGUACAUGCUCUGCUAAGCACUCUUGAAUUAGAACUGCAGUGUAUGGUUGGCGCAAAUGCAUACUUGACACCACCACAAGCCUCACAGGGCUUUGCUCCACAUUAUGAUGACAUUGAAGCUUUCUGCCUCCAGCUUCAGGGGAAGAAGCGGUGGAAGGUGUAUGAACCAACACUCAAGCUUCCUCGAGCCAGCUCGGAAGAUUUUUCAGUAGAGGAAGUGAAAAAAAUGACGCAAGUUAUGGAUGUGACGUUGGAGGAAGGGGAUUUGCUGUACAUGCCACGAGGUUGGAUUCACCAGGCUUGCACCUUGAAGGAUGCGGACCAACACUCAUUGCACUUGACUGUGAGUGCCAUGCAACAGUGGUCUUGGGUGGAUCUUAUGGACAUGAUCAUGCCCGAAGCACUUGAGGCGGCCUCUACAAGCGAAACUUCCUCAAGUCUUCGACAGGGCCUACCGAGGGGAUUCUUGGACUACAUGGGAGCCAUGUACGAAGAGCCAUCAGAUGAAAAACUACCAGACUCGCUGAAGAAAGCAGGUGAAGAAGACAAACUCGUCAAAUUUCGAAAAAUGCUCCAAGACAACUUUCGUGCUGAAGCCAAGAAACGAAUUAUGAAGGUCGCUAAAGCGGCAAACGAAAUGAUUGAUGCCGCCUGUGAUCAGUUGGCCAAACGAUACAUGUCAGAACGCCAACCUCCGUCGUUGACUCCACAAGAGCUCUUGAAGACUGUUAAAGCACCAGAUGGGGAAUCCAAAUCGAUCAUGCCGAAUACCAUGUGCCGUAUGGCGCGGCCUGGAAUUGCCCGCAUUGUAGUGGAAGAGGAUAAGGCAGUAUUGUAUCAUUGUUUAGACAACUCGCGAGAAUAUCAAGGGAAUGUUCUUUCGCCAAUGGAAUUUGAGAUGGAUGAUGGUCCUUCCUUGGAACAACUGCUGACAACAGUAGAACCACAUUGGAUUCUAGUCAAUGAUUUGUUUCACGAUUCUAUCGAAGACAAGAUUGCCAUAGCACAGGCCUUGUAUGACGAGGGAAUUCUUGCCAUUCACGAAAGUGGAUGA